GGCCAAAGCCAUCAGUCCCCGUGUCUGUUGUCUGCUAAUUCAGUCUUGGUCAACUGUCUCUCUAACAGCGACAACUAACCGGAUAAAGGAUUUUUCAUUUGCACCACUAAUCCAGUAAGAGCAAGGACUAACGGCGAGAAUGUCGCAGUGGAAGAAUGGUGUUAUCCUGCUGGGAAUUUCCGCAUUCGUCCUGACCAUCGCUACCGGCCAAAAUGUAUCAGAUGCAGUGGCAGCCGGGUCAUCCGUCUCAUCCCAAGUCGCCGCGCCGGCGAAUGGCCGCGUGAGACAAGCUUAUUCGUCAGGAUCAAGCGGAACUGGAUCUAAUUAUGGAAGCUCCAGUGGCUCGUCAUACGGCAGCGGAUCGCAGCCCGCAUCCUCGGGUUAUUCCUCCGGCAGCACGGGAGGAUUAUCCAGCUCACUUUACGCCAGUGGAAGCAGCGGCCUCGGAGCGUCUGGUUCGUACGGCGGCAUGGGCUCUUCCGGCUCAUACUCUAACGGUCAAAGCGGUUUAAGCUCGGGAUCUUACGGUGGUCAGAGUGGCUUGAGCAGCGGUGGUCAAUAUGGCGGCCAGUCUGGAUCUGGACUGGGCAGCAGUGCGGGUUACGGCAGCAGCCAACUGGGAGGAGGAUUGUCCGGUGGUUCAUACAGUUCCGGCAUGGGAGGCGGUUUCGGAGGUCAAUCAGGAUUAAGCGGCGGCUCAGCGGGAUACAGUAACGGUCAGAACGGUUUGAGUGGCGGUGGAUACGGUGGCAGCAGUCAGACGGGUUUCGGCGGGAUGCAAAGCGGCUUCGGUGGUGGACAGUCGGGAUACGGUGGUAGCCAAGGCAUGAGCAGCGGUUACGGAGGCAGUCAAGGCAUGAGCGGCGGCUAUAACGGUGGCAGCCAGGGUAUGAGCAAUGGUUUCAGCGGUGGCAGCCAGGGUUACAAUGGUGGCAGCCAGGGAUUCAGCGGCGGCAGUGGAUCGUAUCAGAACGGCGGUGGUUCCGGCAUGAGUUCGUACAACGGCGGCGGCUCCAGUGGCCUGGGAAGUGGAUCGUAUUCCGGAAGCGGCAUGAGCAACGGCUACAGCUCGGGCGGUUUGGGCGGCGUCGGUGGGGGCUUCGGGGGAUUAUCCGGUUCCGGCAUGGCCUCGCAGCUCAGCGGCGGGAAUGGCUACAGCAACGGUGGUAGCAAUGCGUUUGGCAGUUUCGGAGGGAUGUCGGGAUUCGGAGGCAGUGGUAACGGGGGCCAGUACAGUUCCGGCAUGAGCGGCGGCAGUCAGUACGGUAGUGGAAUGAGCGGCUCUGGCUUUUCUGGUGGCGAUUCGGGAUCCUCGCAAGGAUAUAGCGGUGGAGGUCAACCUUCCGGUUUUUCCGGUAUGAGUCAAGGUUAUGGAUCAGGAGGACAGCAGCAAGGGUUCAGCGGUAGUGGCUACUCCGGCAACGGUGCCGGGUCAUCUGGGUCAUACAACUCCGGCAACUCGGGAUUAUCCGGUUUCGGCAGCUCCGGUGGAAUGUACUCCGGAAUGGGAGGCAACGGAGGAUCAUUUUCCGGUAGCAGCGGUCUCGGCGGUGGCAUGCAGCCGUACGGCGGUGGUAGUUCUAAUGGAUCCGGAUACAGCGCCAGUAGUCAGAUGUCUGGUGCAACUGGUGGCUUGGGAUCCAGCUUCGGUCAGACAGGAUUUUCGGGCUCGAACGGAUACAGCCAACCCAGUGCCAGCAGCGGUCAGUCCGGAGCAGGAUAUAGCUCCAGCAGUGGCCUUUCAAGUGGCAGUUCUGGAACGAAUUAUGCGGUACAGUCUGGAGGCAGUCGCGGGGGCUACUAAAUUUGUAUGCCACAUUGUUACGCAAUAUGAUUUGUCUUUCUGUCAAGUUUUGCUAGCUGCGUUUGGAGUAGUCACAAAGUUGUUAGUCCAAAACUUUAGAAAGUAGUUUUUUUUAUACAACGAACUCGGCAUGGAUUUGUAAUCACGGAAAUAAACACAA